CUCUAUCUUCUUCAAUUCCAGGCCGGUCUCAUCAUCACGCUGGUUUCCAAUCAGAUGUCAAUCUGCAGUGGGACGCUGGUCAGUAAGAAGAAAGUGCUCACAGCCGCGCAGUGCUGGUCUGAUGGCUACCAGCAGGGAAGGAAGAUUGAGGUGGUGCUAGGAGAAACCCAGUUGUUUUACAGCUAUCGGCGGGAAGUCACCGGGAUAUCCGUGCACCCGGGUUACACCAGCAAACCUCUCUCCAAUGACCUGGCUAUGCUCACGCUUAGAUACGCCGUCAACAAUUACAAUUACAUGUCCCCAGUGACCCUGCCAUUUGAGUCUGAUGUGAACAACACGUUUGCCGGCAUUGGCGCCAAAGUCUCCGGGUUCGGGAAGACCAGUGAUUGGUCCCAAGUAGGUCCUAAAACCGACCAGCAGUCUGUCAUAGUACCUGUAAUAGACAGCUGGUAUGAAUGUUACUACGGGCUCCCGCAGCGGCCGGCGUACAACACUGACAAGAUCUUGUGUACUAGUGGGGCGAAUGGGUUUGGUACCUGUGGAGGCGACCUAGGCGGGCCCCUGGUGGCCCCUGAAUACUUCAAUGGGACCGAUGUGUUGAUCGGGGUCACUUCAAUCCAGUCGAACAUGGGAUGUCAGAACGGUUUCUCGACGGGUUACAUGCGAGUGACAGCUUACCUGAGCUGGAUCAAACGCAACCUGUAAUAUUUUAUAUUGGCAACACUUACACAGACCAUAGAGUUGUAAAGUAAUUGAUUGAACGACAAAACAAUAUAAAAAGGUUUUUUUUUUCAUAUUUACAACACAAUAAAACUAUCUAUAUCCUAGUAAAACAAUAAAAAUAAAAACAUUAUAUUUAAAACGCGUCAAAAAAUUCAUCCCCAUCGCUGUGAACUGGGAGCAUACCCAAGAGGCUGGCAGCAUUACCUCGUUGGAUGGCCAUACUGAUCCUUUGUACGAGGUACUAUGUAUAUAAAAGCUUUCCAAGUAUUUAAUUAUUUGGAUAAUUGGGAGAAAUUUUGUAAAUAAUGAGGUUUUUUGUUACAAUCAAGUUGACAGUGUAGGUUAAAAUGCAAGAAAAAAUAUUAGUUUCACAUAAUAAUUAGAAUGUAAUAUCUGUGGUCUGUUCUUUUUGAAAACAAA